AUGACAAUGAAGCUAGAGCUCUUAAGCAAAGAAGUGAUCAGACCUGUUUCACUUAACCAUCCUCAAACCCUUCAUCUUUCUCUCUUCGACCAGUUUCUUCCUUCAACUUACGUUUCCGCAAUUUUCUUCUACGAUGAUCAAGCAAACCAAGAGAUUCUUGGCCAGAGGCUCAAGAACUCACUCUCUCAGACUCUGUCACUUUUCUAUCCACUCGCUGGACGGAUCAAGGAAGGUGUCAUUGUCGACUGCAACGACGAGGGAGCUUUGUUUACAGAGGCGCGAGCCAAUGUACUUCUCUCCGAUGUUUUGAGAAACCCUUCAGAUGCUGGUUUGGUUCAGAAGCUCAUUGUUUCUCCAGACCAUGCAGAUCCAGAGACAUGGCCGUUGUUGCAUGUCAAGGUCAUUUUCUUUAGAGACAGAGGAUUUUCAGUUGCGGUUAGCGUCUCUCACAAGAUAUGCGAUGCGACCUCGUUGUCAACGUUUGUUCGCAGCUGGACAAAGGCUGCGAGAGGGUAUGUUGACAAUGUGAACCCCGAAUUCGCGGCGUCCGUUUUCUACCCUCCUGCUGAUAAUUCGAUCGAGUUUCCUCCGUUACUCGUACAUGAAACAAAAUCCAAGACAACAAGGUUUGUCUUUGGUCAUUUGGAGAUUGAAAAGCUCAAAAGAAGAGCUUCCGGUGGCAAACGUGUAUCACAAGCUACCCGUGUUGAAUCCAUAACGGCACUGCUGUUACGAUGCAUGACAAAGGCGAGGCGGUCAAAGGCGGGUGAGGUCACGGAAUUCGCUAUAACACAGACCAUGGAUUUGCGCCCUAGAGUUCCUUUCUCUCUCUUGCCGCGCAAGGCAAUUGGAAACUUCUUUUUACCAUUACUGAAAGAGAGUUCAGAGAGUAAGAUGGAGAUCCAAGAUACGGUGUCUAAGCUGCGGAAAACUAAAGAGGAACUCAAUGAGCUGAUCACAGAGGAUCCUGAAGAUGCAAAGGUGAGUAGCGCUGGGGCCAAGGAGAGAAUCGCAACCGCGAUGCUUAGCUCGUUGUGUGAGGUAAGUCCUGAGACAGAAGCAUAUGUUGUGUCUAGUUGGUGCAGAAUGUCGUUUUACGAGACGGAUUUUGGGUGGGGAGUUCCGGUUUGGGUUGCUCCAGAUUCGGUUGACAAGACGCAUGUUGUGUUAAUGGACGCAAAUGACGGUGAAGGAGUAGAGGCAUGGGUGACACUACCUGAGACCGACAUGGCUGCGUUGGAACAUGAUGGUGAAUUGCUGUUUUACGCUACUGCAAGUCCUAGUGUCCUCCUAAUCUAG